AAUUAAAACAGUACAAUAUAUUGAAUAUAUAUAUAUAUAUAUUUUUUUUUUAUUUAAGCAGUAAAGUCUUUAAGUAUUAUAUAGCGUAUAUAUCUUUAAAAGUGAUGGAUCAAGACAUUGCAACACCCAUGUACAAAUUGGAGAGUCUCUCUGAUCAUUUAGCACAGUUAAAGAGAGAACUAAACGCCCAGGAAUCACUAUGUGGUGAUACUGAUCUAAAAUAUACAGAGAACAUUAAUAGUUUACGUGAGCUGAGAAGGCAAUUCAUUUCCCAAAUGUGUUCACUUAUUUUCCUGGCAGAAUUUGUGAAGCAUGAACAGGAUUUAGUACCAGAAGAAGAGUUUACCUCCAAUAUUGACCAACUGGGCGCUUUAUCUAAGCCAGAAAUGAAAUUAUACGCCGCGGUAAAAAUUCGAAAUAAAAAUAUAAUGAGAGCACUGGAUGAGGCUGAAGAAAUUUGCAGCCAGUUCCAGGACUGGCAGGAAUUCCAUUUAGACAUAAUGAGUAGGAAGAAUGAACUGAUAAAAGUGGUGGAUGUAUUGAAGGUUAAAUCGGAUAUUUUUAUGACAGAAAAUAUUAAUGAGGAAAAAGCAAAAGUCAUCCUCCGAGAGCAAGAGAAGAAGAUUAUAAGGUUGGAAGAUGAAAUUGCCAACUGUUUACAUCACGAUGUUAUUUCCCCAUUUGAGAAAAUUACCUAUGAAGAAGUAGAUGCAUUAUUGUCAUUGGGUGAAAUUAGAAAACACAAGGCACAUGUCCAAUCUCACCAAGACAUGGAAAUGUCAGCUGUUAUUAAUUUUGGUCACCUUCAAGUAGUAGACAAUCAAUCAACAUGUAAAAUACUGGAGGUGUUUUAUGAACAUGAUGAUUGUGUACGGUCAAGUGUAAUGGUGCGACUUACAUACAAUAAGCAAAGUGAUAAUCAACCUUCUAAAAUAUCAGUGACAAACUGCCCAGUUGAAGUGAAUGAUAUAUUAGGCUUGGAUAUUCAAUCGUUUUUAUCACAACUUCAGCUUCGUUUGAACCAAAUUGAAUGAAACAUUGUUUUUGUUGUUAAUCUGUUUCUUUUUUUGAUAACCUGCUGUAGUGCUGUAGUAUAUCUUAUAUAUGAUUAGUUGAUUACAAUACCAUUUUCCAGCCCAGCACGUACAUGUGGGAGAGAAAAGCCAUACAAAUGAUACAAUACCACUACUUUCUGUUUUAUAUAGCUGAAGUUUUUCAUGUUGUAGGAUUUAGACCAGUUGCCCAAUUAUCCCAAUACCAUUUUUACACUUUUUUGAAAUUUGUGUCCAGUGUCUUAAUGGUUACUUAGCGGUAUCAUUACUAAUAGCUUAUUGGCUUUAAUAAAACGUCUUUUGUGUUAUAAG